AUGAGUGAGCAGGUGCUAGCAAACAAAGAUGGGAUUCCAAAAAGGAAGGUUGGUAGACCCGGUCGAAAGAGAGUUGACUCUGAGGCCAAGAAUAGGAGAACUGCACAGAACAGGGCAGCUCAAAGAGCGUUCCGAGACAGGAAAGAAGCCAGAUUGAAAAGUUUGCUGGAAAGGAUUGAGUUAUUAGAACAGAAGGAUGCACAGAACAAGUCGGUAAUUGAUUUUCUACAAAGCUCGUUAAAGAGUUUAUUGUCGGAAGUUACGAAAUAUAGAGCCAAGAAUGUGAAUGACGAAAGGAUACUAGCAUUCCUCGAUGAUCUACAAGAACAGCAAGAACGAGAAAAAGAUGAGGAGCCACAGAAGAGAGAGUAUACAGAGAAGGAAGCCUCUACCAAGAUUAAUGAAACUACAGAGACCCUGCCAUCUUUUAGGGUAAUUAGAAACACCACGGUCAAUACAGAUACAGAAGUAGAAACGCACCUUCAUAGUAGCAGAAAUUCUACUUGGGACGUGGGUUUGUGCAGCACACCUAGGCUGACAAAUACAUGGAAUUUUCCUUCUGAAAAUCGAACAGAUCCCUCUGCCAUCAGCGAUAAGAGUGCUAAUGACAGUAAAAAACUGGACUUUAGUCUUGAUGUUACAUUCAAUGACAAACUGACCGGUAUAAACCAUUUGGACUACGACAUUCGUAGCCAUCUUUCAGAGCAUUUUGGAGAUUUUUCUUCCGAUAAAGUGGAACCAUUAGCAUUCCCUAGUGAAACAGACAAUAUGUAUUUUCUUGACGAAGCCAAUGACGAUAUCUUGCUUUCCAGCGUGGUUUCCCCUGCUAAAGAAAAUGAGUGCAACGGCAAGUGCAACGGAAAGUGUGCGGAGGAUACACCGUUGUUGAAUAAAGAGAUCAAAUGCGAACUGAUAACCAAACGUCUGUUGAACCAAGAGUCUUUAGAUUCGAUAGUUCCAGCGUCUGCCCCAUAUAGAGAAAAUAUUGGAAUCCGUUCUGAAGCCAUCAGACGUAUCAGUAGCGCUAUAUCAAAUCAAAAUACAUCUUGCUGUCACAUUCUCAAAGAGAUCUCCUCCUUGCCAAAGUAUUCUUCUUUGGACAUUGAUAAUCUAUGCUGCGAAUUAAUGACUAAGGCAGAAUUUACUGAUGAUUGUGAAAUCGUAGUGAGAGCUCAUGACCUACAAACUACCUUGGUCAAACAACUUUUGUAG